AUUUUUUCACCGGGAUUGUGAUAAAUGGGACGUUGAAUGCCAAUUCCAUCUAAUUUUUUCAUGAGAAAUCGAAUUUGAGAGAAGUGAAAAACUUACGCUGAUGUCUCCGUUUUGUUCCGUGUUGAAUGUUAGUAGUUUAUAGGUCUUGGAUUGGGUAUCCAUUGUGUGGUAUUUGCCAGUCAUGUUGUUGCACAAAUUUUCGGAAAUUAGGACUGAGAUGAGGAGUAAAUGUGUAAUGGAGGGCAUUUUAGUAGUGUUGAUUUGAGCUCGAGUGUGGCACUAAUGAUACGUUUUGGGGACUUUCGUUGAAGCUUAAUCACAAGUUAUGCAAAAUGAAGCCGAGCAUGAAUGAGGAUGAACACAAUACAACAAAUAGAAAGUGUGAAUUUUGUUGUUUGCAUUCGGGAUUGAUUGUGUUUCUUGCACUGUCUACAACAUCAGAGGUUUUUGCUAUUUCAUUGUUGGUAUGAGUGAAAUUAUAAACAUCUGAAACGAUGUUUAAUGACAACAACAAAAAAUGAGGACAAAAGACAAAUCUCACCUUAUGAUGUAUAGAUUUAGGCAAAAAAAGACAAAAUCUAUAAUCGCCAAUUAUUUCUAAACUAUUUGAAAUAUUACGGUUUUCUCAACACCAGUGCAUUUCCCAGAACAUUUUCCAUCAGUCUGGUGCAAAAAUAGUCUCACCAGAAUUGACAUGUGAUUACAAUUUUGAUGCCAAAAUUUUUGGGCCAAAAAAUGAAUUGUGAGAUAUUGGUCUCAAACUUAUCUCAUUUUAUAGAUUUCGAUGCGCUGAUUACGAAUAUGGCCGACUUUUUAUGAUAACUCUAGUAACAGUUGAUUAAAAAUAGAAAAAUUAAAAAAAUUUGAUUUUUAAACGCAUUUUUCUCCGAAACUAUAGACUCUAUAAGAAAAAUUAAAGUACUAUUAGAAUCUGCUGAUUUGCUUUCAAAUGGUGUAAACCUGGAAUCGAUCAGUUACCAAUCAAAACUUUUUAUUUCUUUUUUUUAAUUUUGGGUCACUUGUCGCUGUUUUGUCUUCUAGAGAGAUUUUACACGAAUUUCAGGCAUUAGUGCUUUGUCUUCCGAGAAGAAUUAAGUGCAACGAGCUGUAUAAUUGCCCACAAUUAUAUUUUUAGCAAGUGGAAAGAACUUUUUCGAUUGAAUUUCAUUGAUUUUAUUAUUUUCAUGAUCAGUUUAGUAUUUUACUUGCCCUAAUUAUUGGAAAAUGUCUCAAAAUCGGCCCUAUUAUCACGUAAGCCCCCCGAAGCCAUGCACCGCGACACCGCGAAAGUGAAGCCUCUUUGAUGAAAUCUCAAUUGUCCAUUGUCUCAAACCAUGCGACAAUGAACCCCUUGUGCUUGUUUCUCUUAGUGGUCAGCUCGGCUCUCGCCUCGCCCAAAAAAUACCUCCCGGAUGAAGGAUUUCAGCCUUCCUCAGGGAAUCGCUACUACGAGUCGAGUUUACCGGGGAACUCCUCCAAAGGGGUGGAGAAAAAGGACGAUUCGGAACGACUCCGGUUUGGAAUUCCGGUCACUUCGUUCGGAAACACCGGAAACGGGGUCCAGUAUGGGGGCAGUGGCGGCUAUGUCUUCAGUCCGAUGAAGAUCGACGUGGGGGGCAUCGCCUUGGGGGCGUUGAUCGGCCUGGGGGCGGUUUUGAUCGUCCCCAAGUUGGCGGCGGUCUUCGCCGGCGGACACGGAUAUAGAAGUUUGGAGAAUGAUAUGUCGGCAAUUACGGACGUUUUGGCCCGAAUUGACAAUUCUUUAGAGCAGCACAAUAUUGACAGUAGUACUUGUAUGCAAAGAGUGAUUUGUACUUAUGUCAAUGAGGCCCAGAGGAAUAUGAUGACUGGUGAAGCCAAUACUUUGGAUCAGUUUAUCUAUGCUGUGGCCAAUAAUACUUUAUUUUCGUUUAUGCUUGAUGGAACUGCAGUCAAGCAAGCGGUGGAUAUGGGAAAGGAGGGCGAUAUUGAAAAAUGUUCCUCUUUGUACGCAAAAUGUCCCAUAAGUAAGGAAAAUGUAAUGAAGGUGAUUGCAAGCCUACUUCCGGCUUGAAUUUCCUGAAACUUAUUUAUUUUUUGUAGUCUAAUAAUUGAAAUACAUUUUUUAUUAUUAAAAUGUAUUUAUUUUUUGUUAAAAAUAGUGUUUUAAACGUAGAAUUAC